CCCGUCCUCCGCUCAGCCCUGCCUGUGGACGUCCCCGGCCGCGGGACGGUGCUGGUGGACAUCGGCUACGGCGGCACCUUCUACGCGCUCCUGAGCGCCGAGCAGCUGGGCCUGGAUGUUUGCACGGCCAAGACCAGGGAGCUCGUGGAGGCUGCGAGCGCCGUGACGGAGGCGGUGAAGAAGCAGUUCAAGCCUCGGCACCCUGAAAGCGAAGACCUGGCGUUCCUGUACGGCACCAUCCUGACGGAUGGGAAGGACGCCUUCAGCGAGGAGCCCACCACCAACAUCUGCGUGUUUGCAGAUGAGCAGGUUGACCGAAGUCCAACAGGUUCAGGAGUGACAGCCCGCAUUGCCCUGCAGUAUCACAAGGGGCUCAUCCAGCUGAAUCAGACCAGAACCUUCAGGAGCAGCACGACGAGGUCCCUGUUCACUGGGAAGGCAGUGAAGGAAACCAGGUUUGGGGACCACAAUGCUGUUGUUGUGGAGGUCUCCGGAGAAGCCUAUUACACUGGUACCGCCACCUUCACUGUCGAAGAGGAGGACCAGCUGAAAUACGGGUUUUUCUUCAAGUGAACAGUGGCAAAUUCUCA